AUGCCCGUCUCCCGCCACACCGGCCAAAUCCCGGAGUCCACCUGGACCUUGACCUUCAGGGAGAUGACGGAGCCCUGGAAAGGCGCCGUGGGCUGCCUCGGCGUGGCCGUGUUCUUCGCCAUGACCAUCGGCAUCAUCUCGUGGCAGGCCGUGGAGCAGCCGCCGGAGGAGUGGGUGCUGCGGGGCCGGGACGCGGGGAUGCUGUGGGAGCGCGGCCGCGGGGCGCUGCUGCUGCGGGCGCUGCCGGCCGGCCGGCCCGUGCUGGCCAUCGCCGUGGGCAGCGUGCCGGCCACCGAGCCCCCGCCGCCCCGGGACCGCUGCUGGCACGACGGCCGCCAGUUCUGCUACUCCUGGGAGGAGGACGCCGAGCUCCGGCUGGCCCUGGAGCCGCCGGCAGCCCCCGGAACAGAGUGCUACAGCGUCCGCUGGACCCCGCUGCGCCCCGACGUGACCCUGAAGGACUGUUUUUCCAUGGCCAAUGUCUCCUGGUAUGGAGGGCCGAGCAUCCGUGCCCAGCGCUGGCCCCUCAAUGGCGCCGAGAGCCCCGCUCAGCCCUUGGUGAGCGGCGACCUCAGCGCAAACCCCAAAGGCUUCGGGCCCCUCCUGGAGAGGUACUUCCUGGGAUCCACAGGAGUGACGGUGACAGUGGCUCCCGACGUGUCCCUCUUCCUGUCUCUGGACAGCCACCAGCAAUUCUGCCUGGAGACGCCGGCGGGGCGAGCAGAGCCCCUGCACUACCAGCUCUGUGUCAGCGCCGACGUGGCGGCUGCCUGCCGGCACACGGCCAGCGCUCCGGCUCGGACACUGCCGGACACCGCGCUCCUGGGGUCUCCCAUCUGGCGCUACCACGGCCCGGAGGGUUCUGCCGCCAAAAUCAAGCGAGGCCUGAGGUCACUGGUGAGGAGGCUGAAGCGGCAUCGCCUUCAGGAGGGCGUCGUGGCCCUGGGGGAGCGCGGCACCGCCGUCCUCGCCGCUGUGGACCUGGUGCCCUCGGGGCGCAGGAAGAGGCAGGCCCCGGCGCUGGUGGAACCUCUGGAGCUCUCCAUCACGCUGUCCCCGUACGCUGGUGUCGCCUCCCCGCUCUUCCAGCGCUCCCUGCGUGGCGGUGAGGCUGCGGGAUACUGGCUCAGCCGCCAGCCCCGACCCGGGGCCAGCUCGAUCCCACUGCUGACCACCUGGAAGGGGCAGCUCUGCGCCCGCCUGAAUGUCACCAGCGAGGCAGCGCUGGGCUGGUACCUGGCUCGUGCCCGGCGCCUGCGGCAGGCGCUGGGGGCCACCUACAUGGCCUUCGAGGGAGUGGAGGGCAAUUCCUUCCUGGAGCAGGAUGUCCCUGCUCCUGCCGAGCUGGAGGGUGACAGAUACACCGAGGUGCUGGCGGCGGCGCUGGCGACGCUGGGCAAUGGCACCAUCGUCAGCGCCGGGAGCAGAUCCAGUCACCUCCCACUGUUUGUCCAGAUGAGCCCCCUGCGCUCUGACUGGAGCCACGCCGGGCUGAAGGGGCUCAUCCCCUCUGUGCUGCACUACAGCCUGCUGGGCUACAACUUCUUCAUCCCUGAUGCAGUAGGAGGGAGCGAGGCUGGAGCCACCUCGGAGGACCCGGAGCUGUUUGUGAGGUGGCUGCAGAUUGUGACAUUCCUGCCCGUGAUGGCCUUUGGGACCCCACCCUGGCUCUGCUGUGACACCUGGGUCCUGAAUCUGACCCGCCAGUGCAUCCAGAGGCACCGGGACUUUGUUGUGCCCCUGCUCCUAAAAUACAGUGAGGAGUGGCAGAGUUUGGGGUACCCCAUCUUCCGUCCUGCCUGGUGGCUCAGCCCCACGGAUCCCGUUGCAUUCACCAUAGAGGAUGAGUUCCUCAUUGGAGAUGAGGUCCUGGUGGCUCCAAUAACAGAAAAGGGACAAACAUGGAGGGACAUCUACCUGCCAGGAGAGGGGCACCUGUGGCUGGACACCAACACUGCCCGAGUGUUUGAUGGCGGCACCACGCUCAGGAAUUACUCUGCCAGCCUGGCCGAGGUGCCAGUGUUUGUAAAGACCUCCUGA